AUGAGUAUCCAAAAAGAAGGGUUAAUUGUUAAGCCCAUUAAAAGCAACGAAUUUAAUUCGAGAUGCCAAGUUGACCUCAUCGACAUGCAAUCUCAAGCAGAUGACGAGUUUAAGUUCAUUAUGGUAUAUCAAGACCACCUGACAAAAUGUUUACAGCUUAGAGCACUAAAAACCAAGCGCGCCGAAGAAGUUGCUUACCACUUGUUAGAUGUGUUCACAAUAUUUGGAGCUCCUUGUAUAUUACAUAUUGAUAAUGGGCGAGAAUUCGCAAAUAAAGUAAUUGAAGAGUUGUGUCAUAUGUGGAAUGAACCAAAAAUUGUGCACGGAAAGCCGCGGCACAGUCAAUCACAAGGUUCUAUUGAAAGAGCUAACCAGGAUAUUGAGAAGAUGUUAUCUACAUGGUUGGAGACAAACAAAACUACAAAAUGA